AUGGGCUAUGAGGUGGAUGAAGCCACACUAGAUGCAUAUGCACAACAUCUAUUGCAAGCUCCAGUUGAUGAAAAAGUUUCUACAGAAAGCUCAAAAGAACUAAAAGCACCAUCAAGUGAGCCUACCAAUCCUAAGCCGACAAAAUCUGUGAAAAGAAAACAGAAGGCAGAUAGGCAGUAUAUGAGUGUUUCUUUGGAGGAGACCGAAUCAGAUGAAGAAAUCAAGGAAGUUCCAAAGUUGAAAGGUGUUUUUGCAAGGGUUGUAGGGGAGAAGAAAGAAGAGAAGAAGAAAGAAUUGGCUAAGGAGCCUAACCAAAAAACACCCAAAAUAACCAUGGUACAUAAACAAAAGCCAAAUCCUGAUGAGCAGUCUAAACUAGAAGAAAAGAGGAGAAUCAGUAAGAAGAAACUAGAUGCUCAAGACAUUAUUGAUCAAAUUAUUAAUGAUGGUAAUCUGGAUAAUAUUUUUACAUUCUUUAGUGAUUUUAGUGAUAAAGAUAAGAAGCGUUACCAGGGGAUAAGGAAUCAACAAAAAAUAGAUGAACAAAAUAUAAAUAUUGAUCCACCUGUUAGCACUCCAUCGGUUACUAUUGAACUGACUAGUGAGUCUAAUUUUGAAACAGAGGAUACUCCGACAGAAAAUGUACAGGACAUAGAGGCCAAUAUUGGAAAACAGGAUGUACCAGAGCAGGUUGCACCAGAGCAUGAUAUGCCAGAGCAAAUUGCACCAGGGCAUGAUGUGCCAAAGCAGGAUACUAUUGAUAGUCUAAGAGCACAGACUAAUCAACUUCAAGCACAGGUGUCUACAGCUACAAUAACCACCAUUCCUACCACCACUACUACAACAACAACAACCACCACAUCAACUGCAUAUGUUUCAUCGACUGUUUCAAUAACACCUCCACCCUUGGUUACAACAACUGUCACUUCAUCUUUUGUUGCUUCACAGAUGCCUGCACCUACGAUGACUCCUAUAACUGAAAUAGUAACUAUUCAUGAUGUGGAGUCAGACUCAGACCAAGAUGAGGUUGAGCCAACACCAAAGAAGGUAGAGCCUAAAAAGAGGAAAAUACUGACUCCUUCUAGUGUAGAGAAAUGA